AUGCCCGCGGCGCACGACAUGACGGAUCUUGACUUCACCAAUGGCGACUUCCCUACGCGAGGACCUGUGGUACUGGGAGUGUCGGCUGCGACGCUUGCCAUAUGCUCCGUUUUCGUUGGCUUUCGUCUCAUCUCCCGAUUUCUGGUGGUUAGAAAGCCGGGAUGGGACGACUACACAAUGAUCCUGGCCUGGGUCCUCGCGUUUGGCGCAUCCUUCUCGAUAUGCUACGGCACUACCAAAGGCCUGGGGCGGAAGCAAGAGAACAUACCCGCGCAAUGGCAAGAGCCCAUGAAGAAGUCCUCCUUUGUCUUCUCGGUACUCUACAAUCCAGCUUUGAUGGCCACCAAAACCUCGAUCCUCCUCUUCUACCUCACGCUGUCCAAGACACACAAAGUAUUCCGAUGGGCCACCAUUGCCACCCUUGUCGUCGUCAAUGUCGGCGGGCUCGCUCUGACAAUCCUGAAUCUAUGUCAGUGUCGUCCUGUUGGCGCCGCUUGGGCUUCUCCCGUUCCCGACACUGCUCACUGCACCAACAUCGUCACGAUAUACCUUUCCUCGGCACCGCUCAACAUCAUCACCGACAUAGCCAUAUUAUUCCUGCCGAUGCCAAUACUCACUAGUAUGCGGCUGCCGAGGAAACAGAAGGUGAUCCUCGUUAUUACCUUUGGUUUCGGUAUCUUUGUCGCAGUCGUCGAUGUCAUUCGUAUCGCAUACCUGCAAGAUGCUCAGCGCGAUACUCUUGAAGCCGCACAACGGCAGUCUUCCGAAUCUGGCAACGAACAGAGGAACACUGGCGAUUUUGCGUGGUUCUCAUCUCUAUCAUUUAUGUGGAGCACCAUUGAGAUCAAUUUGGGUAUCAUGUGUGGAUGCGUUCCCGCCCUGAAACCCCUAGUCAAGAGAUUCCUACCUAGCUGGGUCAUCGACCAUACUAUGCGCGACAACACUACCCAUACAAGCGAUGAAGCUGUACUUCAUCCCGACAUACUCGAUUCUCGGCGGCGCUCAGACCCCUUAACGCCUCCCGCUUCCCCACUCAGCAAACCUCCUCUCGCUCGUAGAAGCGGUGGUGAUGAGCCGAUGGGUAUGAUGGACUUCUUGACUACGCCUGACAUGACCGAAUUGCCUCAACUGAGACCGUCCAACACCACUGUUACCUACGCCACCACCACCCGCACCCAGCGCCCACCAACAUUUUUCGACUUCGUCAACACUGGGCAGAAAAAGAAUAUCACCCUCCGGAGCAACCGAGAAAGUGUAUAUCCCGUGAUCAUGGUAACCAUACUGUUCUUCAUUUGGGGGUUUGCCUAUGGUUUCCUGGACGUACUCAAUUCGCGCUUUCAAGAAGUAGCUCGCACGAGCGAGUGGGAGACAGUUGGACAACACAGUGCCUAUUAUGUUGGCUACAUUGUGGGACCUUUGACUUUUGGACGGAUCGUCUUCAAGGCCUGGGGGUUCAAGGCAUGCUACAUGGUCGGUCUUUCAGUCUAUGCUUGCGGAACCCUCGUCUUCUGGCCUUCAGCUGUGCUCAAUUCCUUCCCAGCGUUCCUGAUCUCAAACUUCAUUACCGGUGCGGGACUAUCGACAUUGGAACUUGGCGCAAACCCAUUCAUAGCACUAUGCGGACCGCCUGAGUAUGCGGAAGUGCGAUUGAACCUCUCACAGGCUGUUCAGGCUGUCGGCACCAUUGUUUCCCCACUUUUGGCGAAGAAAGUGCUCUUCCCCGCCAACGCUGCUAGCCUCAUUGAUGUGCAGUGGACAUAUCUCGGCAUAUCUCUCUUCAACAUCGCUCUUGCAAUCAUAUACUUCUACGUACCGCUUCCUGAAGCUACCGACGAAGAGCUAGAACUAGCCAGUCAACGCACUGUGCCAUUUGCCCGCGAGGCCACCAUCAAGAUUGGGUCCAAGCCAGUCAAAGUUCUUUGGAUUGGUCUGAGUAUGGCAGUCUUAUCUCAAUUCUGUUACGUUGGCGGCCAAGAAUCCACCUCCACUUCGUACAAGGAGUACCUCAACCGCGUCGCGCCCUCCGUGGAUUAUGUGUCACAGCAAGCCUAUGGACACACUGCUUUCGCGGUGUCUCGGUUCCUGGCAGCCUUCAUCGACAUUUGGGUAAAGCCACGCUUUAGUCUUCUGGUUUUCUACCUGGGCGCAAUUAUAACCGCUGCCGCAGCAAUGCAUGCUUCUGGCAGUGGCGGUGCAGCCAUCAUUGUCAUCGUCAUGUUCUUUGAAGGCCCGCUUUUCCCGCAGAUUUUCGCACAAGGGAUACGGGGUAUGGGCAAGCACACCAAAGACGCUUCCGUACUUCUGACGGCAGCUAUCGGUGGAGGGGCCGUUAUCCCACCGAUAAUGUAUGCCGCGCUCAAGAUCAAAAACGCACAAUACGCUUUCUGCGUCAUUGCAGCGGCUUACGCUGCUGGCGCAUUGUAUCCCAUAUACCUCAACUCACUUGCCGCGUCUCGGCAGUUAUCUGAUCCCGUACGCGACGAAAAGACCAGGAGAGAAUCAGAAGCCGAGGGUCGGCGGCGAGGGUCGAUGAGCGAAAAGCUCAGAAGGUGGAGUAAAGUCAAGAAGAGGCUGAGUGUAAAUAAAGAGGAUGAGAGAUUACCUUCGGUUGAACAUCGCGAGAGGCGCAGUUGGCCUGAAGGCCUGGCGCCGCGGAGCGAUAGCCUAGCCAUCGAGCCCGUGCAGACUCGUACACCGAGCUCAUCAAGCUCUGUGAGUAGUAGUUGA